GACGAGCCGAUCAUCCUGAGGGAACCAUCGCGCAACCCCGUGUUAGCUGUCUUAAAUCUCAAUUCAUCUAGUGCAUUAGAGUGUGAAAUUGAAUAAAAACUGUUGUUUUGUCAAGGUUUUGGAUUACGUGAGCCAACCUGAGCUUGGGAUCCCCCGCACAGAGGUGAAGAAAUCCGACUGUAAAGCAAAACGAUAAAUUUUGGAUUUAAACGGUGUGUGCUUGAUCAUACAAAAUGGCCGAAGAACAACAACAGGGUGAUGAAAGUAACCCUUACGAGCAAGGUGAUCAUGCUUUUGAGCUAGAUGAUCUUGAACGUGCUUUGGUAACAUGCGAACUUCGCAGUUACGUUGAUCAAGUAGUAGAAGACGCUGCAGAGAUGGCUAGUGUCUCUUACCAGAUUGCCAAUCUUCUUGAGAAGAUGCAAUCAUCUGACAAAGAUUUUCGAUUUAUGGCCACAAACGAUUUAAUGGCCGAACUGCAGAAAGAUAGUAUCAAAUUAGAUGAUGAUUCGGAACGAAAGGUUGUAAGAAUGUUGUUGAAACUACUUGAAGAUAAAAACGGUGAAGUACAAAACUUGGCUGUCAAAUGUCUGGGGCCUUUAGUUAACAAAGUUAAGGAAUUCCAAGUGGAGACCAUUGUUGAGGCCUUGUGCACCAACAUGGUCUCCGACAAGGAGCAACUGCGGGAUAUUUCCAGCAUUGGGCUCAAGACGGUUAUCGCUGAACUGCCACAGGCACCUGGGGGCCUCUCCGGAAACAUUUGCAAGCGGAUCACCGGUCGUUUGACGACUGCUAUCGAAAGGCAAGACGACGUGUCCGUGCAACUGGAAGCUCUCGACAUUGUCACGGAUUUGUUAUACCGCUUUGGCAACGUUUUGCAAUCCUACCAUGCCUCCAUAUUAAACGCCCUCUUACCUCAGUUAUGCUCACAACGGCAAGCAGUCCGCAAACGUACGAUUGCAGCUUGCAGUAACUUAGUUCUCUCGUGCAACAAUGCAUUGUACGAUAAACUAAUCGAGCAUCUGUACAACGGGAUGAGAACUGAUAACAAGAACUCCCAAAUUCGCACCUACGUGCAGUGCAUUGCAGCCGUGUGCCGACAGUCGGGCCACAAGUUCGGCGAACAUAUUGAAAAGUUCGUACCUUUGAUCCAAAUGUGGAGCGCUGUGGAAGACGACGAGACCAGAGAGUUUUGUUUACAAGCUUUUGAGAGUUUUAUCAAUCGUUGUCCCAAAGAAAUCACCCCGAAAAUCAGCGCCAUCACAGACUUGUGCCUAAAUUACAUGACUCAUGACCCGAAUUACAACUACGACGAAGAUGGGGAUGAUCGAGCCAUGGGGGCUUACGAUGACGAGGAAGAAGAGGAGAAUGACGAGUACAGCGAUGACGAUGACAUGAGCUGGAAAGUGAGACGUGCAGCUGCCAAGUGCUUGGAAUCCAUCAUCUGCACUCGCCAUGAGUUAUUGUCUGAGUUUUACAAGGUUUUGUCGCCUGUGUUAAUCUCCCGGUUUAAAGAGCGGGAAGAGAACGUGAAAUCAGAUAUUUUCCGUGCUUACAUCGCGCUUUUGAGACAAACAAAAUCGACUGUUAACGUGAAUAUCGAUCCGAACUCCAUGGAGCAGGAGGAGAUGCCCAUUUACUUGCUCCAGCAGCAAGUUCCAAUGAUUGUGAAAGGCGUGCAGUCGCAAAUGAAGGAAAAGAGCACGAAGACGCGCCAAGACUGCUUCCAGCUCCUAAAAGAAUUAUGCAAUGUCCUACCGGGCGCUUUAACGCACCACAUUGGUGAUCUGAUUCCCGGUAUUCUAUUUUCACUGAGUGAAAAAAAUGGGAGCAGUAACAUGAAAAUUGACGGCUUGUCGUUUCUCCUGUGUCUUUUGGCAUCGCACCCUCCUGAAGUUUUUCAUCCCCAUAUCAAUAUCCUCCUACCGCACAUCAUAGCUAACGUGGGUGAUAACUUUUAUAAAAUCACAGCUGAAGCUUUGAACGUUCUGAAAGAGCUGGUCAAGGUCAUUCGUCCUCUGGACCGCGACUCGAACUUCGAUUUCACGCCCUUUGUGAAGGAAAUCUACCUCUGCACUUUAUCGCGUUUAAAGACGUCCGAUUUAGACCAAGAGGUCAAGGAAAAAGCUAUCUCGACCAUGGGGCAAAUUAUUUGCAACCUGGGUGAUCACCUAGGGAGUGAAUUGUCUUGCUGUCUUCCUUUGUUCCUCGAUAGAUUACGUAACGAAAUCACGAGGUUGACUACAGUUAAAGCGUUGACCAAAAUUGCGGGCUCUCCAUUGGGCAUCGAACUACCGAUUUUGGACGAAGCAGUGCCGGUUUUGGGGCUCUUCCUGCGUAAAAACCAGCGUGCUUUAAAACUAAGUACUUUGCAACUCAUUGAUUGUUUAAUAAAGAAUUACCACGUCUACAUGUACGUGGAAUUACUCCAACACGUAAUAGUGGAAGUGCCACCACUCCUUGACGAGUCCGACCUGCACAUAGCCCAGUACACUUUGGUGAUCUUGAAGUCGAUUGCGGAAUACCACCCCCUGGCUUUGCAAGACCUGCCAACAAACAUCUUCCCGCAAAUCUUGGUCUUGGUGAAGUCGCCUCUUCUGCAAGGUUCCGCCCUGAAUUCCAUGCUGGAAUUCUUCAAAACUCUAGUCCAAUGCAACCUUCCGGGAUUGUCCUACAACGACUUGCUGCAAUUUCUCGUUCACCCGAUCAGCAUUAGCCAGGGUUCUGGGGCCGGUGACGCCGUCAUCCACAAGCAAGCCUAUUACUCGUUGGCCAAAUGCGUGGCUGCUAUAACAGUGACGAUGCAACACCAAGCGUUGCAAAUCGUCCCCCAAUUCAUCAACGAAAUUCGCUCUUCGCGCCACGACGCCCAGAAGAUCUUCACUUUGCUCGUGGUCGGCGAAAUCGGGCGCGAAAUCGAUUUGACCGGAUUUGCCAACUUGGAGCAAAUCAUCUCCGAGGCGUUUUUCGCCGUGUCUGAAGAAGUCAAGUCCGCUGCGAGCUACGCUUUGGGCAGCAUUGCCAUCGGGAACUUGCAGCAAUAUCUUCCGUUUAUCCUGACCGAGGAUGAGAACGAGCCCCGAAGACAGUACUUGUUGCUUCACUCUUUGAAGGAAGUCAUCGCGUGUCUGUCUUCAACACCGGAGGGCAUCCAACAAUUACUGCCUUUCGUGCCCGCGAUUUGGGACACUUUGUACCGCCACUGCGAGAGUGAGGAGGAAGGGACAAGGAACGUGGUUUCGGAAUGUUUGGGCAAAUUGACUCUGAUUGACCCGAACCAUUUGCUGCCGAAGCUGAAGGAAUCGCUGGGCUCCGAGUCCUCGCUCAUGCGCACGACGAUAGUGACGGCGAUCAAGUUUACGAUUUCUGACCAGCCUGCUUCAAUUGACGCAUUGUUGCGGCAAUGCAUUGGCGAAUUUUUGAAUACUUUGGAGGAUCCCGACUUGAAUGUGAGACGAGUGGCGCUUGUGGCUUUCAACUCGGCUGCUCACAACAAGCCCUCGCUGAUCCGUGAUUUGCUUGACACGAUUUUGCCCCGUCUGUACCACGAGACUAACAUUAAGCGAGAGCUAAUCCGUGAAGUUGAGAUGGGCCCAUUCAAGCAUACCGUUGAUGACGGCUUGGACCUGCGCAAGGCAGCGUUCGAGUGCAUGUACACCUUGCUUGAUUCUUGUUUGGACAGAAUCGAUAUUUUCGAAUUUAUCAAUCACGUUGAACUUGGCCUUAAGGACCAUUACGAUAUUAAAAUGUUAACUUAUUUAAUGGUGUCGCGACUAGCUCAAAUAUGCCCCGGCGCCGUAUUGCAAAGCUUAGAUAGACUGGUCGAGCCCUUGAAGGCAACUUGUACCAUGAAAGUUAAAGCAAAUUCGGUUAAGCAGGAAUACGAGAAACAGGAUGAACUUAAGAGAAGUGCCCUGCGGGCUGUUGUUUCUCUUUUAAGCAUUCCUGAUGCCGAUAAAAACCAACACUUGAACGAAUUUGUCACCCAAAUCAAGACUUCUCCCGACCUAGCCCAGAUUUUCGACUCGAUCCAGAAAGAUUCCGCUAAUAAUAUUAACGAUUUCUUUUUGAUGGAUCAGAGUUAGACAUUUUCAAAGUUACUAUUUUUUCGACGUUUGUUCAAUUUUUUGUUCUAGUUCAUUUUCGUUGUGUUUCAUUUGUUCAUUCAUAUUUUUCAUAUUUUUUCAAAUCUAUGUAAUUGAUCUGAAUUAAUAAAGCUGUGUUUCAACA